AUGUCCACACAGGCUGCCAAUGUCAGUUUGGCGGUUGGAUCUCAUGUUUGGGUCGAGGAUCCUGAGGAAGCCUGGAUUGAUGGAGAAGUUGUAGGAGUCAAUAAUGAAGAGAUUGAAAUAAACUGUACAUCAGGGAAGACGGUUACGGUCAAAGCAUCCAGUGUCUACCCAAAGGAUCCUGAAUUUCCUCAAUGUGGUGUAAACGAUAUGACAAAGUUGGCUUAUCUGCAUGAACCAGGGGUUUUGCAGAAUUUAAAAAGUCGAUACACUAUAAAUGAAAUAUAUACUUAUACAGGAAGUAUAUUGAUAGCUGUGAACCCCUUCCGGAGGUUACCUCAUUUAUAUGAUAAUCAUAUGAUGGAGCAGUAUAAAGGGGUGGCUUUAGGUGAGCUGAGUCCACAUCCUUUUGCUAUUGCUGAUGCUGCCUACAGACAGAUGAUUAACGAGGGAAUAAGCCAAGCAAUUUUGGUCAGUGGGGAAAGUGGAGCCGGAAAAACAGAAAGUACAAAGAUGCUUAUGCGUUAUCUUGCCCAUAUGGGUGGGAGAGCUGUAUCUGAGGGGCGGUCUGUGGAACAGCAAGUCCUGGAGUCUAACCCUGUUCUUGAAGCAUUUGGUAAUGCAAAGACUGUCAGAAAUAAUAAUUCCAGUCGUUUUGGUAAGUUCGUGGAGCUUCAGUUUGAUAAAACGGGCAGAAUCUCAGGAGCUGCCAUUAGAACUUAUUUAUUGGAGCGAUCCCGAGUUUGUCAAGUAUCUGAUCCAGAGAGAAAUUACCAUUGCUUUUAUAUGCUCUGUUCUGCACCUCCAGAGGAUGUCGAGAAGUACAAAUUGGGAAAUCUAAGAACAUUUCAUUAUUUAAAUCAGUCAAACUGCUAUGAGCUGGAUGGGGUGGAUGAUUCUGAGGAGUACCUCACAACUAGGAAAGCUAUGGAUGUGGUUGGGAUCAGCUCUGAUGAGCAGGAUGCAAUAUUUCGAGUUGUAGCUGCAAUACUUCAUUUAGGCAAUGUUAACUUUGCAAAAGAGAAUGAAACUGAUUCUUCUGAACCCAAGGAUGACAAAUCUCGGUUCCAUCUCAGAACUGCUGCUGAACUUUUCAUGUGUGAUGAGCAAUCUCUUGAAGAUUCUCUGUGCAAACGUGUGAUUGUGACCCGUGAUGAGACCAUAACGAAAAGCUUGGAUCCAGAUUCUGCAGCCAUCAGUAGAGACGCAUUGGCCAAAAUUGUUUAUUCAAGAUUAUUUGAUUGGCUUGUGAACAAGAUAAAUAACUCUAUUGGUCAGGAUCCUGAUUCCAAAAAUUUGAUUGGAGUUCUGGAUAUUUAUGGAUUCGAGAGUUUCAAGACAAACAGCUUUGAGCAAUUUUGUAUCAAUUUGACAAAUGAAAAAUUGCAGCAGCAUUUCAACCAGCAUGUGUUCAAGAUGGAGCAAGAAGAAUAUACUAAAGAAGAAAUUGAUUGGAGUUACAUAGAGUUCAUCGAUAAUCAGGAUAUUCUUGAUCUCAUUGAAAGGAAGCCUGGUGGCAUCAUUGCUCUUCUGGAUGAGGCUUGUAUGUUCCCAAGAUCAACACAUGAAACAUUUUCACAGAAGCUUUAUCAAACUUUCAAAGACCAUAAACGUUUUAACAAGCCAAAAUUGUCGCCUACCGACUUUACCAUUUGCCAUUAUGCUGGCGAUGUUACUUAUCAAACAGAGUUCUUCCUGGAUAAGAACAAAGAUUAUGUUGUUGCAGAGCAUCAAGCACUCCUUAGUGCCUCCAAAUGCUCUUUUGUUUCAGGCUUGUUCCCUCUUUUACCCGAAGAAUCUGCCAAACAAUCAAAGUUCUCAUCAAUAGGUUCUCGAUUCAAGCAACAAUUGCAAUCAUUGCUUGAAACGCUAAGUGCCAUUGAGCCUCACUACAUACGCUGUGUAAAGCCAAAUAAUCAACUCAAACCGGCCAUAUUUGAAAAUAGUGCUGUUUUACAGCAGCUUUGCUGCGGGGGAGUAAUGGAGGCAAUUCGGAUUAGUUGUGCUGGAUAUCCAACUAGAAAGACCUUUGCAGAAUUUACAAGUCGUUUUAAAAUUCUGGCACCUGAGGUUCUAAAUGGAAGCGUUGAUGAGGUCACCGCAUGCAAGAAGCUUUUACAAAAGGUCAACCUCAAGGGAUAUCAGGUUGGGAAAACAAAAGUGUUCCUCAGGGCUGGCCAGAUGGCAGAAUUAGAUGCUUAUCGAAGUGAGGUAUUGGGAAGAUCGGCUAGCGUUAUGCAGAGAAAAGUUCGCUCCUACCUAUGUCGCAAAAAAUUUGUCUUGUUGCGGUUGUCUGCCAUCCAAGUCCAAGCCUUAUGUAGAGGACAAGUUGCACGCCAUCGAUAUGAAAACAUGAGAAGGGAAGCUGCUUCUGUGAUUAUCCAGAAAUAUGGUCGCUCGUAUCUUUCUAGGAAUGAUUAUAAAAACUUGUGCUCUUCAGCUGUUUCUAUUCAAACUGGUAUGCGAGGGCUGGCUGCUCGUAAGGAGCUUAGGUCCAGGAGGAAAACAAGGGCUACAACUGUGAUACAGAGUCAUUGCCGGAAACACUUAGCCCAUGCUCGUUAUUUGAGGAUGAAGAAAGCAGCUAUUGUGUGGCAAUGUGGUUGGAGACAAAUAGUUGCUCGUAAAGAGUUGCGGAAGCUAAAGAUGGCUGCAAAGGAAACUGGUGCUCUCCAAGAAGCCAAAAAUAAGCUGGAAAAGGAAGUUGAAGAGCUAACCUGGCGCCUGCAGCUGGAGAAGCAAAUGAGGGCUGACAUGGAAGAGGCCAAAACAAAGGAAAAUGCGAAGUUGCAGUCUGCUUUGAAAGAGAUGCAACUUGAAUUUCAAGAAACUAAAUCCCUGCUUAUGAAGGAACGUGAGGCUGCAGCAACAGCGUCAGAGGAGGCAGCAAAAGCGGCUGAGGCUGCAGCAAAAGUGGCUGAACAAGUGCCAGUUGUACAGGAGGUUUCAGUUGUUGAUCAGGAAAUAGUCAAUAAGCUUACUGCUGAAAAUGAGCAGCUCAAGGCCCUCGUAGACUCACUGGAAAAGAAGAUUGAUGAAACAAAGAAAAAGUUUGAAGAAACAAGCAGGCUCAGUGAAGAGCGGCUCAAGCAGGCUAUGGAGGCAGAAUCAAAGAUAAUUGAUUUGAAGACUGCCAUGCAGAGGCUAGAAGAAAAACUUUCUGACAUAGAAACCGAGGACCAAAUUUUGCGUCAGCAGGCAUUAAAGAUGUCAGCUUCUAUGAAAAUGUCAGAGCAUUUGGCGGGAAAAGAAACUCAGCCUUUGGGGAAUGGUCAUCAUGAACCACUGAGACCUACACCGUCAAAGAAAUUUGGCUCAGAGUCUUUCAGGAAAUCCCAAAUUGAAAGACACAUGUAUGAGGGUGUAGAUACUCUUAUGAAAUGCGUGACAGGUAAUCUUGGGUUCAGUGAAGGAAAGCCAGUUGCCGCAAUAACACUAUACAAAUGUCUUCUCCACUGGAAAUUAUUUGAAGCGGAAAAAACUAGUGUAUUUGACCGACUUAUUCAGAUAAUUGGUUCUGAAAUUGAGGACCAGGAUAACACUGAUCAUAUGGCUUAUUGGCUUUCCAAUACAUCUACAUUGUUGUUCUUGAUCCAGCGGAGUUUAAGAACUGCUCCACGAAAACCUCCUACUCCUACGUCUUUAUUUGGAAGGAUGACGCAAGGCUUCCGAUCGUCUUCUGCCAAUCUUUCAGUUGGUGCUUCUGAUUUAGUGCGUCAGGUUGAGGCCAAGUAUCCGGCUUUGCUCUUUAAGCAACAACUUACAGCAUACGUAGAAAAGAUGUAUGGAAUCGUCCGAGACAAUUUGAAGAAGGAAUUAUCACUUCAUCUUUCUUCUUGCAUCCAGGCACCCAAAACACCAAAAAGUGGUGUUUCAAAAUCACCUGAAGGAUCAACUGGUAACAGUCCUCAGGCUAAUCCUUGGAAUAGCAUCAUUGCAAAUCUUAGUGGGUUUCUCUCUACAUUGAAAGAAAAUUGUGUGCCUCCAAUUCUUGUCCAGAAGAUAUUUACUCAAAUGUUCUCAUAUAUCAAUGUACAGAUUUUUAAUAGCCUUCUUUUUCGUCGAGAGUGCUGCACCUUCAACAAUGGCCAAUAUGUGAAGAAUGGGCUAGCUGAAUUGGAGCUAUGGUGUAACCUAGCAAAAGAAGAGUAUGCUGGCUCAUCAUGGGAUGAACUCAAAUAUAUUAGGCAGGCUGUAGGAUUCUUGGUUCUACACCAAAAGUCCAGAAUCUCCUAUGAUGAACUAACAAAUGACCUAUGCCCUGCAUUGAGUGUUCAACAACUUCAUAGAGUAUGCACACUAUUUUUGGAUGACGAUUACAACACUCAAAGUGUUGCCCCUGAUGUCAUUUCCAGCAUGAACUUUCUAAUGACAGAUGAAUCCAGCGGUGACGAUAGCAGCUCCUUUUUGCUGGAUGACAAUUCCAGCCUUCCUUUCUCAAUUGAAGAUAUAUCUGGUUGCAUGCAAGACCAGAGCUAUUCAGAUGUAAAACCUCCUGCAGAGCUUUUGGAGAAUCCAGACUUCCACUUUUUACAGGAGUAAGGCGGUCACUUCCACAACUUUCCUCUUUGUGGUACACGUUUUGACAAGGAUUUAACCGAAACUUCAGUUCUUUCAAGAUCUGCCCCAAAUUUUUUGCCACUUCAGGUGCUCAUCUUCAUUGUAACUUCCAUUGUCCUGGGUGUAGAAUUCUUAUAUCCAGUUAGAAUUGUUAAAUUAUUUUAGGCUGGUUCGGAUAGAUAGAGGGGCAGGAUAGGCUCCACAGCUUGAUUUCAUUCCAUAACGGGACAUCGAUGCAGCAUUCUUUAUAGGGAUGGUAGCAGGGAAGAAUAUUGUGAGUGUAGUUUGGGUGGGAGGAGUUGAUCUCAAAAACUACUGCUUCUGCCACAAAUCUUCAUUUGUACAAAGUGGUAGAAUGUAUUACAGUACAAGGUACAUAUAGUGGAUUUAUUUGCCUCAAUGCUUUGAGCAAAACCUAUUGCAGAAACAGCUAUUCUUCCUUA